UCCCCGGAAGCGGAAGUGACGGGUCCUGGUUCCUCCUGUGAUGGUUCAGAGAAACGACGGAGAAGCUGCUGCCGCAGACCGGUCCAGCUAGCCUCCCAGGAGCCCCCCCGAUGUCAUGGCCUCCGGACGCAGCUCCUCCCCGGCUCCUCGUCCCGGCGGCCGAGGCCGAGACGGGAUCUUCCUCAAGGAGCAGGCCGGCCCGGCCCAACGCUGCCGGCCCGUCCGCUCGCUGCCCGACGUCUGCCCCAAGGAGCCCACGGGUGAGGGGCGGGUUCUGUUCAACGGGCCGUCCGUGGUGUCGGAGCACGACUGCUGGACCGUGUUCAGCUCCAAGGUCAACCUCCCCGCCGCGCUCAACGACCCGCGGCUCGCCAAGCGGGAGUCGGACUUCUUCACCAAGACGUGGGGGCUGGACUUCACGGAGACGGAGGUGAUGCCGUCGUUCUGCCUCCCCGUCCUCACCCGGGAGGACUUCAGCCCGUACCUGCAGGAGAUGAGCCCGAGGGAACGGAUCCACGAGCGCUGCAAGACGAUCUGCCCCAACAAAGACGACGUGGACGCCGUCUCCAGUAUCAGCAGCAACCACGACAAGUCCAGAGCGGAGCUGGAGCAAGUCCCCAAGAUGUUCAUGAGGCCCGACUUCGCCCUGGACGACCCGACAACCUUCAACGCCGUCUUGCCCUGGUCGCACUUCCACGGAGCCGGAGGGAAGAGCAGCCGGGACGGAGCGUCGUCCAAGUUGCUGCAGGAGAAGCUGAGCCACUACCUGGACGUGGUGGAGGUCAGCAUCGCCCGCCAGAUCUCCCUGCGCUCCGACGCCUUCUUCCACGCCAUGUCGUCGCAGCACGAGCUGCAGGACCGCCUGGGGGAGACGCAGCACGCCGUGGCGGUGCUGCGGGGCCGCAUGGCCGCCAUGGACCGGGUUAUGUGCCAGGGGCCCCUGCGGGCCCUCGGUGCCGCCUUGACCCGCAACAACCUGGUGAAGCUGCACGGCAAGCUGAAGCUGAUGGCGGCGGUGCAGCAGACGCAGCCCACGGUGCAGCUGCUGCUGCACACGGCCGAGUUCGUGGGGGCGCUGGAGCUGAUCGGGACCACCAAGGAGGUGCUGCAGCAGGAGCUGCAGGGGGUGACCAGUUUCAGACAUCUGGGCUCUCAGCUCUGUGAGCUGGAGAAGUUGAUCGAUAAGAUGAUGGUGGAGGAUUUCAGCAUGUACGCCCGCAGUGACCUAAACCGGAACCUGAGGGAGGAACCGCUGGUCCUGGAGAAGGAUCAACAACCAAACGCUGGGACACCCAAGGAGCGUCUGGAGUCGCUGGUGUUCGGCCUGCUGCGGCAGAAGAAACUGGACCUGCUGGACAUUUACAGCCACGAGACGAUCGGAGCCGCCAAGAACAUCGUCACGCAGUGCGUGUCCGGCAGCGUAGAGCUCAUCGAGGAGAUCGACACCGACGUCGUCACUAAACUCCCCGACCAGAUGCGUCUCAUGACGUUCCCCCAGUGGUUCGAGCUGCUGAAACUCGUCUUCCAGAACUUCCUUCUGUUCCUGCAGAGAGUCAAGGCGACUCUCACCGUGAUCAGGAAGGUGGUUCUGGAGGUUCUGGACUCCAACCAGAGGACGCGGGUCCUGGCGGAGGCUGGAUCGGGGUCGGGGGGGUCGGGGGCACAGGGCCAGGGCCCUCCCCAGGGCCAGCAGGCCCCCCAGGGCCCCCCGGUGCUGCAGGGAGAGGCGGAGCUGGCCUACCUCACCCACGAGGGCUUGUUCAUCAGCGACGCCCUGAACGAGGCCCAGCAGAGGCAGCAGGGGGGCCCGGUGGUCCAGGACCAGAACCAGGACCAGGACCCGGUCCUGGAACCCCGGAUCCAGCAGGGCAGCGAGCCGGAGAUCCAGGAGACCUCCGGAACCAGAGAGACCGGAUUCAUGUCUGGCGAGACCAUGAUGCCCAGCGACUCGGAGCUGAACCGGGUCCUCACCAACAUCCAGGACCUGCUGCACACGGCGUCAGACGUUAGCCACGACCGCUGCGUUAAGGUGCUGACGGCCCGGGCCAAGGACGGGUCUCUGGAGCGUCUCAGCUCGGCCGAGUUCGUGUCUCUGUCCCAGGCCGUGGACGGGUUUGUCCGGGACACGGAGGAGCUGGUGGGACGGAGGAGUGUCUCGCUGCGGGGGGCGCUGCAGAGCCAGGCCAACCGCUUCGUGCAGAGAUUCCACGAGGAGAGGAAGAACAAGCUCAGCCUCCUCCUGGAUAACGAGCGGUGGAAACAGGCCGAGGUUCCAGCAGAAUUCCAGGAUCUGGUCGACUCCAUCGCCGACGGCAGAAUAACACUACCGGACCGGAAAAACCCAGGUCCGGAUGAGAAGAGGCCGGCGGAAUAUCUGCUGGUGAACGGGCAGAGAUACGCAGUAGUCGGGACGGUGCUGCUGCUGAUCCGGAUCUUCCUGGAAUACUGCCAGUGUGUCAACGACAUCCCGUCCAUCACUACGGACAUGCUGACCCGUCUGGCAGACCUGCUGAAGCACUUCAACUCCCGGAGCUGCCAGUUGGUUCUGGGAGCCGGAGCUCUGCAGGUGGUCGGGCUGAAGACGAUCACCACCAAGAACCUGGCGCUGGCGUCCCGCUGCCUGCAGCUGGUGGUAAACUACAUUCCCGUCAUCAGAACUCACUUUGAGACCAAACUACAACCCAAACAGUUCAGCGUCCUGCGGCACUUCGACCACAUCACCAAGGACUACAACGACCACAUAGCCGAGAUCUCCGCCAAGCUGGUGGCCAUCAUGGACAGUCUGUUUGAGAAGAACCUGUCCAAGUACGAGGUGAAGGCUCCGAUGCCGUCGCUCUGUUUCAGGAACGUCUGUAAACAGAUGGCAAAGAUGCACGAAGCCAUUUCAGACCUGUUACCUGAGGAGCAAACGCAGAUGUUGUUCCUGAGAAUCAACUCCAGCUUCAAGCUGCACCUGAAGAGGCAGCUGGCUCGGCUCGGGGUCGUCAACGACGGCGGGCCGCAGAACGGGCUGGUGGUGGUGGACGUGGCCUUCUACACGGAGAACCUGCAGGUCCUGAGGAGCCUGGAGAGACUGGACCUGAACAUGAACGAGAUCUGGGACACCAAGAGGUGAUGGAGGUGACGGAGGA